UUGAUCAAAGACCGUCCUCCUCCCUUUUGUCUUUUCUUCAGUUUGUUAACUUCACCCAAAGCCGCGUUGACUGCGCACGAGACGCUCCUACGUCUUGGGAAGGCACUCUUUUUUCAUUUCGUGGGAAUUUUGGUAACACAUAGUUCUGACAGUGUCCUAGCAGGAGAAGAAGAGACUUUACGCAGUGUUUUCUUAAAGUUUUGCUGCAUGGAUUCUUCGUUGAAAUCAUUAAAGGUCAUCACAUCAGUGAGGUCUGGAACCAUUUCAACACAUCAUCAAAGCAAGGUUUCGACAUGAUGAGCAGCCAGUCCGUUCAGAGCCCUAUAGGUCCUUUUUUAGGAAGAAAGAUGCCUUUGUAUGAUGGGACAAGACUGGCAAAAGCCAAAAUGAUGUCUGAUUUACAGGGUAUCCCGACGCUGCAGUACAGUGGGGCUUAUUUUACUUAUGACCCGAAAGGAAAGGAAGCAGUAGGGUUCACUCCUCCGUGGAGCAACUCAAAGACCUCUCUGCUCGUUGACAGAAAUCCUGUGAGUCACCUCUCUGGCAUGGAAGGACAAAACCAUAUAUUUUACAGGCAAGACAGCAAAUCUUCAGAUGAAGGCCAUUCUUCCCCCCUGCAUCAUGCUGCAGUAAAACAGGGGUUUAAACAAUAUGCUAAAAGUCCUGGGUUGAGCAGCCCUGUAACUGCCACAGCAAAGGCUGGUAGGAAACAAAAGAGUGGGGGUGAGACUUUAUCUCCACCGGCUGAAAACCCUGUUUACCUUGCAAUUCCUAAGCCAGUUUAUGGACUUAACCCUUGUUGUAAUGAGCUGGGUUGUGUGAUAGGACAUCGGUACAGUAUGGAACAUGGUCCUCUGAGGAUACCAAACCCUGUUUAUGAGCAUGAGUUGAUGCAAACUGAUGCUCACCAUGCUGAAAGAGGGAAAGCACAAGAUGCACUGCUGCAGCAGAGAGGCCUGCAGCUUGAGCCUGGUGCAGAAGCACUGAAGAGGAUGACAGUGGGACCAUACAGCCCAAGCAGAGUAAGGACCCUUCCUGCUAUGAUGGAUCCAAACUGCCACAGCUACCCCUGCACCCUGCCCCACACUGUGUUUGGUUCUUUAAGUGAGCAGAGCCAGCGCUUACAGACUUCUCCCAGAGUCUUCCCCAGUUUCUACCCCUCCCAUCCUACAUACGAGCAUAUGACCUCAGAGGUUUAUCAGGAACAUUCUCCCAUGUCCAAAUAUGGCCAGCUAACACAGCACCCAAUGUUUUACUACCCCCAGGCAAAUGUGGAGGUAGAAAACAGGACACCGUGUAAAGACAUUGGCAGUAAGCAGAGGGAAGGAGUCCCUGUGAUUGUUAAACACAAAAUCUCCAACCACAGAGAGCAUUACAUGGUGCCCCAGUUGUUUCAUGGUGAAAUUCCUCUGCGUUUGUCGGAUGAAACUUUGCAUCACCAUGCCUUCAUGAGGAGUUUGGAGCAGCCACCUUAUGCAGCUUCUAGAUUUCACCCGAAUCCCAGCCACUUAAGAGAGAUCUUGAACUCUAACCGUGGAAAUGGUUCCCAGCCAAGUCAUUACUUAGAUCUCACGAUGCAACCUGCACCCAGCGUACACAAGGACAAACCCAGUCCAAGCCUAUCACAGACCAAUUUGCCAUUCUUACAUGUGGAUCAAAACAGCCCCCCUAGGCAUAUAAGCCAACCCAGCAUCUCACCGAACAAUCAUGUAAACAGAUUUUUCCCCCCGCCACUCACAAGCCUGCACUUAAACCGACCUGUCCUCCCUGCCACUAGCUUGAACAUGGACAGACUCCAGGACUAUUCCUCUUUUGAAGCCCAGGUUAGAAGUCCUAUGCAAGCAGAAGGCCUUCCUGUGUCCCCAGGGGCAUGGCUGCCACACUCACUCUACCACAAAUCAGGUCAAAUCCACUCAGCAUUACCAGGUGGUGCAAGUGUCCCAAUACUGAUUUCUUCCCCUGCUGUUGCACCAGGAAAGAAUGACAGCCCCAUGCCUAGAUCAGGCUCCGCCUCCUCUAAAGGGUGUUUAAAAAGAAGCAUCUCCCACUCCUCUUCCCCUGAGAAAAUAAAAGUAGAGGAUAGAGAAUUAUAUGAGGUGGAACAUUUCAAGAAAAGACAGAAGAUGAAAAUGGAGAGUGUAAUACAAAAAGAUAAAACUGACUCUCCUCCUAUGCCGGUUAUUGACAAUGUCUUCAGUCUGGCACCUUACCAAGCAUACCUGCAGGCCCCUGGACUGUUAUUUCCCGGCAGAGUGUCUCAGAGGACUGCCCAGUCGUCUGAGCUCAGGGAGGUCAAAAGCAAGCCAGACAUCAAAGAGAAAAAGCCGUGUCGGGAUGAACAGCAGCCUGUUGUCUGUCUAGUUUCCAAAGAAAUCGAUUCAGAUACUCCAGCAGACAGACAUCACCCAGAAACCUCUGAACUAAAAAAUGUUAAAGUGGAAAAAGUAGAUCCAUCAAACACAGACCACUCUGGCAAGACUUGCAUUAUCCCAAAAGACUUCAGUGCUGUAAAGAUCAAGAAAGAGUAUGAAGAUAAUGUCUCAUCCAACAGAGUGCCUAUGUUGGUAAUAAAGAAAGUCGAUCCUGAUGAAUUUGAAUCUAAACCCUUAAGGGAAGUGCAAAAUGAGACUUCUAAUGAGCCUAAACUUUGUAAAGAGACGGCAAAGGUGGAUGCUUCUCCUCUGAGUGAUACAUCAGUCCGGCAACCUACACCAAGUACUCCACCUCAAACCCCUGAGAACAGACUGAAAUUUAAAAAUAUCCCUCCCCAGUGUCUGAAACUUUCCAAAUACAACAUCAUCUUCAAUGGUACAAACCACUCUCGCCCUGUUCUGCCUCCAGAACAAACAUCUGUGAUACUAAAAACUGAGUUUGUACCAGCACUUGAGCCCCUAACACCAGUCCGCCAGCACUUCUUUGAGUUGCACCAGUCUCUCUGCAAGCUCUUAUCCAAAUCUGUGCUGGCCUCUUCAGAGCAGGACCUCAAAACCUGGCUGUCUCAUCUGGAACUGACUGAACCAGCAUCUCCCACAACCAAAGUGAAGAAGGUGUCCUGUCUGUUGGGGAUUGAAGCCAGAGAAGUCUGGCUCAAUGAGGAAUUGAAGUUGGCUCUCCAAAAGCUACAAGAAAGGUUACGAGAGUACACGGCUCAGGAACGCUGUCCUUUCCCACACGUCAUGCGGACCGGUGCGGUGUUCCUCCCCAUGCUGGUGGUGAAGGAACUGCUGUUCCCGACAGUCCAGGGCAGCCUCAUCGACCAGGUCCUGCAGGAGCAUAAAGUGAAGCUGAGACCCACCACACUGUCUGAGGAAAAAAUCCUCAUCCAGCUCCACAAACGGGCCUGUUCCUCGAGACUCAGGAGGCUGAUGUCUCUGAAACACCUGCCUGACAUCUACGCAGAUGUGGUCAACCUGAUGUACUACACCUGUGUCUGCAAACACCUGGGAUUAGAUAUGGACAACCCUGCUAACACAGAAAAGGAUGAAGGUUUUGAAGAAACUAUCACCUGCGAGAAAGCUGUAACUUCAGAUAUCAUGGCGUCUCCAGCCUCGCCCGAAGAAUCGCACCCUCAGAGACACCCAAAUGACCAGGGAACUAGUAUGAACAGGAAUAGAAUGAAAGGCAGGGUGAGGACCAUGUCGAAGCGUUUGUUUCUUGACAACAGUUUGUCAGAAGAGGAAGAGGCGGCUGACACAGAAAAGACCGUGAAGAGGAUCGCUCUGAAUGUGGUUGCAGAAGAGGAAUCUUCUAUUCCACUGAGCUCAACUUCUGAGAAUUCAUGGACUUGUCCUUUAACCUUAGAUGAACUCUCCCCAUCUCAGAGUGACACAGAAGUGUCCUCGAGUCCUGAUAUUCCGUGCUGGGGACCAGCAAAACCUCCAGUUAGAUCCAAAAACUGUUCAGGCGUGAUUCUGAGGCUCAGAAGAAUGUUUAGCAAAGAUUUAAACAGAAAAAACGCCUGCUACCAAACCAUAUCAGACCCUGAGAACUCUCAAGCUCCUGAUUGGAGUAGAGAAAUGAGCAGUGAGAUGGAGAUCCACAGGAGGACUCCCAAGAUAACCCACAGGUGGCAGAGAACAGGAAACUUCUGCCACGCCUUGAGACCCCUCAGUAGCUCUUCGAAAAGAAAGCACAGAUCGUUUUUAAAGAUCAAAUACUGUCCCUAUCUGUCGGCGUGUCACAGCGCUGAAAACAGGAGGAGAUGGGUGCUGCGCUCUGCAGUUCAGACGGCACGCAGAGCCAUGCGGAUCUACUACCCGGACCUAGUUGGAAAGAGGAUUCGGCAUCUGUAUGAAGAAGAUGACAAAUCUGAAGUGUGGUACAUAGGAGAAGUGUUGCGGAUCCAUGAAGCCCACACAAAUCCUUUAAAGACCAUAUUUGAGGUGAGGUAUGACAGCGAGCCAGAGUGGAAGUACUACCUGGAGCUGCUGAUGGACUAUAAGAAAGGCUGGCUCAAAAUUGAGGAAUAAUUUUUCAACCUGAACAUCUUGGUACUUAUUUAGUGUUUGCCAACAGCUCUGAAUUCAUGAACAGUUUUUCAUUGUUUCUCUUCGACUUGCCAGCAACAGGUUGAUGAGCCCUGAAUAUCUGUCUGGCCUCCUCAGGAAUGAGGCUGGACUGGUUAUGUGUUCAUAUUGAGGUCACAUUCUUCUUCACCUGAGAGCUACGGGGUCGAUUUGUUGACACAGCCUUCGCUUACAUGCAGCAGCAUCCUGUAGAUGUUUUAAGCCCCCCGACCAAUGGCAUUUAAGUGUGUUCAAUGAUUGGAUGGUGGCAACAUGAGAGACAUCUUUACUGUUUCUGAUCUUGUUCACCAAAAGCAAGUUUCUUUUACUUUGAGUACUUAAAUUAUAUUGAGUUUGAAUUGAUGUCAGACAGUGAGCCACAUGUAUGUUUACAGCAAUAGAUUGACAUUUGUUGAUCCAUUAUGAGAAUAGAUUUGGACCCUGAUGACGGUUGUUUUGAUGUGUGUAUGUGAUGUAGAGUAGACAUGAGUGAAGAACUUGAUAAAGCUGCUCAAGAGUUCUUUCUUUGAUGCUAUUGUUUUAAAUCACUGUGAACCUUUUCACCUUGAGCCUUUUUUUAUAUGGAUUUUGUAUAAAUUUUCUUACAUGUAUAUAGAAUUGUUUUAAAAAAGCAUUCUUACUGUUUUCAAUAAAUGUUUGUAUAAUUUUG